CCCAACCCUGUGAUUGUGUUCUAUGGUCAUUGCGGUCAUUAACAUGUGUUUUUGUUUGUUUUCAAAAAAGUUUUUAAUUUGAAAAUUUUCUACACAAAAAAAUGGAAACUGUUCGAUCGUGUGGUUGCAAAGGAAUAAGAACCUGUUUAAUAUGUGAAAAAGAAUAUUCAAUUUCGAAAUUAAAUCUUGCUAGUGAUCUUCAGAAACAAGAAACCUACGUUUAUUGUCCGUAUUGUAAUAAAGCUUGGCCCGGUUGGAAUUACAAUGAAUUCAAAGUUCAUCCAAAUCAUUCUGGAAAUCCCAUCGAUUAUCCAGGAGUUUAUAUACAGAUGGACUUCCUAAGUAUAGAGGAAGCAAAUUCUCUAAUGAAAGAUCUAGAUUCAUUACCUUGGGAUAUUUCUCAAAGUGGUCGCAGAAAGCAGAAUUUCGGUCCAAAGUGUAAUUUCAAAAAGCGACGAUUACGUUUAGGAGAAUUCACAGGUUUUCCCAAGACAACGCAUUUUGUUCAGGAGAAAUUUUCAAAUGUUGAACUUUUAAAUGAUUUCCAAACAAUUGAACAAUGUAGUCUUGAAUAUAAUCCUGACCGAGGAGCUUCUAUUGAUCCUCACAUUGACGAUUGUUGGAUUUGGGGCGAGAGAAUUGUUACCGUCAAUAUUGUUGCCGAUUCUGUUUUAACAAUGACACCGUAUUUGGAAAACAGUCGUUAUAAUUUGGAUUGUGUCAGUUCACAAAAACUUAUUGGAAACGAGAAAUGUGUAACAAAACCAUCGGGUGAAAAUAUUGUUGUGAGAAUUCCAAUGCCUGAGAGAUCAUUAAUUGUUCUUUAUGGAGAAGCGAGAUAUGCUUGGGAACAUGCAGUUCUUCGUGAGGAUAUAAAUUCACGUCGAGUGUGUAUUGCUUAUCGUGAAUUUACCACUCCAUAUCUUCCCAAUGGCGAUCACAAUUCAGAGUCUGUGGAAAUUUUCCAGCAGGCAACAAAUUUUUGGAGUUGAGGCGUGAGAAAUUGAAACACAUGAUGAGCAAUGAUUUAAAUGGAAAAUCUAGGCGCAAUAUAUAUAGAA